AUGAUGCAAUCUUCCAAUAAGACCUUCUUCAGCCCUUCUACUUUCACCCUAAUUGGAGUCCCAGGUCUGGAAUCAGUACAACACUGGAUUGGGAUUCCAUUCUUCAUUUCCUUUAUACUAGCAGUGAUUGGCAAUAGCCUUCUUAUCAUCAUUAUCCGUUCUGAACGCAGCCUCCAUGAGCCUAUGUACAUUUUCUUGGCUAUAUUAGCAGCUACUGACCUGGGGCUCACCUUCUGCAUCACUCCUAAAAUGCUAGCCAUAUUUUGGUUGCAUGUAAGAGAGAUCCAUUUUAACUCCUGCUUAGUUCAGAUGUACUUUACCCACACUUUCCAGUGCAUGGAGUCAGGCAUCCUCUUGGCUAUGGCAUUUGACCGUUAUGUAGCCAUCUGCAACCCUCUGAGGCACUCAUCUAUUCUCACCAAGAAAGUUCUCAUUAACAUCAUCCUGGCUGUUACCUUCCGAGCUGCCAUUAUCAUCAUCAUGUGUCCACUUCUCAUCAAGUUGAGACUGAAGAUAUUCAAGACUACAUUCAUCUCCCAUUCCUACUGUGAGCACAUGGCUGUGGUCAGGCUGGCAGCUGUAGAUACAAAAGCAAAUAAGAUCUAUGGUCUUUUUGUGGCAUUCUCAGUCCUAGGCUUUGAUGUAAUUUUCAUCUUUAUGUCCUAUAGCCUGAUCUUCCGGGCUGUCUUUAAGUUACCCCAGAAGGAAGCCCGCCUCAAGGCAUUUAAUACUUGCACAGCUCAUAUUUUUGUUUUUCUUCAGUUCUAUAUCCUGACCUUCUUCACAUCAUUUAUACAUAGAUUUGGAUUUAAUGUUGCUCCCUAUGUCCACAUUCUUCUCUCUAAUCUAUAUUUGCUUGUUCCACCUUUCCUUAAUCCCAUUGUCUAUGGGGUGAAAACUAAACAAAUCCGUGAGGGAAUGAUUAAAAUAUUCCAUACCAAGGGUACAGCAUAA